GUCCGGCCUCACUUCGAGGCCAUCGAMCUACCGGCAUUCUACCGGUACGGUAUGGUACAGCGCGAAACAGCGCUGGCGCUAUGUUUAGCGCAGGAGCGAGGAGCAGUGCAGCGCAGCAUUAGCGCAGCAGCAGCAGCGGCGACUGAGUGUAUCGGAGGCCAUAGCCGCCUGAGCUACUACGGAAGGCCAUGGGAGUGGAACAAGAUCAAGUCAAAUGCAGGCUGGAUUGCGCAGUUCGGAUCUCCAAGCGAUCCCUACAUUCCUAUCGAUGAGAUGCAAACCGUAGCGAAGGAGUUGCAGUCUGAGUACAGCGAGCUCGAAGACCGAGGCCACUUCUGUGACGAGGAAUUUCCGGAGCUUCUGGAUCUGUUACUCACGAAACUUCAAAUCCAACAAUAAAAACUUGUUAGAAAGUCAGCCGGGUAUGACACGCAUAAAAUUGGAAGAGUCGUAAAAUUGGAUCGUCGAACUCGACUCAUCUGAGUCGUCCGGGACAUCCGUUAUCAUUGGAACGAUACAGAGAAGGGUAAUUAGCAAAUGGCCCCUGCACAAGGAUGACACACACGUAAAUCGAGAAAUGGUCCAAAGACUCGAAAGAGUCCAAACUAUAUUUAAAAAGAAAUAAAAAGGAUCCAUUCUGAGGGAGGUAGUGUUUAGGUGGGGGGGGGGGGAAGGGUAAAGGAAGGAAGGAAGAGUAUGAGUGAGGAGGUUGGGGGGUGGGGGGUGGUGAAAGGAUCGAGGAAGGAAGGCAAGAGUAUGAGUGAGGAGGUCGGAUACAAAUGGACAAAAGCUGAGGGGAAAGAAGAUCGGAGGAGUUCGCGGAAAAGCUCAAUUAAGGAGGCCCUCUGAGAAAGGAGUUUCAACGUCCAACUUAUUUUAGUACUUGACUGAGUUUGACUGAGGGCAACUCCUACUCCUUUGCGGCUCCCCUGGCGGGCCUGAGUCGUAUUAUAUAUACUUAUUGUGGUCUUCAUGCAGUCUUUUUUUUAUGUUAUCAACUAAAUAGUAAAUACAAACAUAGUUAGGUCUUUGAUAAAACAGUGUAUCGGUUGGGCAUCGGGAGUUUUCAGAGGAAGGAGGAGCUGUAGGAGUUUGACUGACUGAGGAGAUUGAAUGUGGAAGAGUGGAGUGUUGAGUGUGACUAAGAAGUUUAACUGAGGAGUUUUGAUUGACUGAGGAAUUUAACUGACUGUGGAUUUUGACUGAGGAGUUGAACUGACUGUGGAACUGAACAGUUUGACUGUGGUGUUCGAUUGAAAAAAAUUUCUUCGUUUGACUAAGAAGUUUAGCUGAGGAAUUUUGACUGACUGAGGAAUUCAGUUGACUGUGGAGUUAGACUGUGAGGAGUUCAACUCACCGGGAAAACUGAACAGCUCCUCAGUCAAACUCCACAGUCAAACUCCACAGUCAAACUCCACAGUCAAACUCCAUAGUCAAACUCCGCAGUCAAACUCCACAGUCAAGCUCACUGUGUUUUUUUUCUUUGAGAACUUAGACGUUGAAUUGUGGAUAUGAAGGGAUCCGAAGUAGAAAGGAGGCAAUGACACGAACUGGCGUAGCUCAGUUGGUACACCGCUGAACAGUUGAGAUACAGACCUGGGUUCGAGCUCUGCCGGAUGCAGAUGAGGAACAUAUACUAGAAAGGAGGGGUAGUUACAGAACUACUCCCUCACUGACUGGGAGAAGUGCGAGUAGGCUAUAGGUCGAACGAGUUGAACCCACUGGAAGCACCUUCUCUCGAGUCCACACUGCUACUUCAUUGUCGGUGAAUUUUAGUGCAAUGACCCAUACCACUUCUCAGCUGUUCUCGA